AGAGAUUUCUUGGUAAGAACGUAGAUAAGAGCGUUGAACGCGUGCAACAACUUUUGAUGACAUAUUUUCCUGACAUACUAAAAUCAAUCAGCUCUACAGGGCAACUUGGAAAACAUUUCUCUGUGAUUCUGUGACUCUGUGCAGUGAAGCUGUUAACAGUGUGCAAUAUGUUAAAGAACACAAAAAUUUUAAUCAUAGGAGCAGGUGCAGCUGGUAUUGCAGCUGCCUGCAGAUUAUUAGAAAAUGGGGAACAAAAUUUUGUGAUAUUAGAAGCUAGUGAUAAAAUUGGUGGCAGAAUAUGUACAGAAAAUUUUGGUAAAAAUGUGGUGGAUCUUGGAGCUCAGUGGGUUCAUGGUGAAUCGGGGAAUAUAGUGUUCGAGCUUGCCUCUAAACAUGGUCUUUUAGAUACAUUUAACCUGCUUGAUUUUAACAAUCAUGACUUUGUUACCAGUAAUGGUGAACUGCAGCCUAAAGAUGAAAGCACAGAGGCUCUGAUGGUGUAUUUCAACAUCUUAGAUGAGUCUCAUGAAGAACUCGAACAAGAAACAGGAUCUUUUGGAAACUACUAUAUAAAGAAAUAUUACGAGAUCUUUGAUAAGAACAAGUUUACAAAUAAACUUCGUGCGGCCGAAUAUUUAUCUUGGAUGGAAAAAAUGGAGAACUCGAUAGAAUGCAGCGAUACGUGGUUCGAUGUUUCCGCAAAACGCUUAACGGAAUAUCGAGAGUGCGAAGGUAAUCCUGGAUUGAAUUGGAAGGAUCGUGGUUUCAAAACGCUCUUUGAUCUACUAUUGCACAAAAUUCCAAAUUCGGAAAAUUGCUUGCCAGUGAUGCAGAAAAUAGAAUUUGGAAAAGUCGUGACGACCGUCGACUACAGUUCCAGUGAAAACGUUACAGUGACCACUAGAGAUGGAUGUGAAUAUUCUGCGUCACAUGUUAUAUUCACUGCAUCUCUGGGUGUUCUGAAGGAAAAGCAUUCUACGAUGUUCGUGCCAUCUUUGCCGGAAGAGAAACAACGCGCGAUAGAAGGAUUACAACUUGGAACGGCAAAUAAGAUUUUUCUUGAAUUUUCGGACAGAUGGUGGCGAGAAGAUCUCGCCGCCUUCGACAUUAUCUGGCCGGAAGAAGAUAAAAAAGAGUUCUUACAAACUCAUGGAAAAAGUAGUGAAUGGCUCUGCGAUGUGUUCUCGUUUUUCACUGUAGCUUAUCAGCCAAAUCUCUUGUGCGCAUGGAUAGUCGGAAAAAAUGCGAGACACAUGGAAACUUUGUCAGACGUUGACGUGUUUGAUGGAUUGUAUUUAUUGUUAAAACGAACACUCGGAAGACAUUAUGAUGUUGUGAAACCAACAAGAAUUUUGAGAUCCAAAUGGUACACAAAUGAACAUUUUCGUGGCUCGUAUACCUUCCAGAGCAUGGUUUCCCAACAAAUGAAUGUAAAACCGAAAGAUUUGGCUGAGCCCGUCAUGAUGGACGGAAUUAAACCUGUAAUUCUUUUUGCUGGAGAAGCCACACACAGUUAUUAUUAUUCCACUGUGCAUGGCGCGGUAGAAACUGGUUUCCGUGAAGCGGAUCGAUUAAUCGACUUUGACAGAACGCGCGGUCGCUUAGAUCAGCUGGUUAACAAUUUCGACGAAACAAUACGCACAAAGAUUGAUGCGAGGAAAACAGAAAAAACAAAAAUCGUCAUAGUAGGCGCAGGAAUCGCAGGAUUGGCUGCGGCGAAAACUCUGGAAAACGCGGGAUUUACAGAUUACCUUCUUCUUGAAGCUCAGGACGUAGUUGGAGGAAGAAUUCAUUCUGUCCCGUGGGAUAACGGAUGGCUAGAUUGCGGCGCGCAAUUCUUGCACGGUGACAAGAGUAGACUCGCGCGAUACUGUCUCGAAAAUGAUUUAUUAUCGGACGUUCAAGGUGUGGACGGUGAGGGAAUUUUCUUGCGCGAAGACGGAACGGUAAUGAGUGAGAGAUUGGUUCGCGAAAUUGACGAUCUCGUGCGUACGGUCUGUGAUGAUAUGUGCGAAUCUCCGAGACCCACAAAGGAACACGAAAAUGUGGGUUUUGUCAUUAAGAAUAAGUUUGAAGAAUAUUUGCGCACAAAAAAUGAUUGUUCAACGAAGAAAAUGAUGAAAGAGAUUUUUGAUUGGAACCAACGGUUUCUCAUAGUGGAUAACAGUUGCCACUCGUUGGAUGACUUGUCGGCGAUGCUGUGGGGAAACUUCAAGUAUGUCGGCGGGCCGGAACAUCUACUUUUCAAGUCUGGCUACAGUUCCCUGACGAACCUUCUCGUCAACAAUCUUAAGAAGCAAAAUGUGUGGCUGUCCACUCCCGUAGAAGCCAUUCACUGGCAGGAUUCUUCCGGUUUUCGAGAAGAUUCUCCGAUUACUGUGAUAACUUCCGAGAAAACGCGAAUCCUUGCCGAUGCCGUUAUAGUCACCUGCUCACUCGGCUAUUUAAAAGAAAAUCACUGGAAGAUGUUUUAUCCGCUCUUACCAGGUCGUCUGAGCGUCGCCAUCGAGGAUCUCGGCUUCGGAACGAUUAAUAAAAUUUUUCUUGACUUCGGCAAACCUUGGUGGCCGGCCGACGUUAAAGGUUUUCAACUUCUUUGGCACAAGGAUGCCGACCACCGGUUCGUGCCGGAAUGGACUAAAGAUCUCACGGGAUUCGACGUUCUGCCAACUCAUCCGGCUACUCUUCUGGUGUGGAUCGGCGGACAAGGUGCGCGUAUUGUUGAGAGUUUGCCAGAAGAGACGAUUGCGCAAGAAUGUGUGAAUCUAUUAUCUCGUCAUUUGCGGUAUCGCGAUAUUCCACCGGUAAGAAAAUGCGUCAGAACCAAGUGGUACGGGAACAAGUACGUCAGAGGUGGUUAUAGUCACAUUACAAAAAGUUGCGAGCAAGACAAUGUCUCUCCCGGAACGCUAGCCGAACCUGUUUGGGCGACUAAAUUGCAGAAUGGUGUAAAGAAGAAUUUACCGGUCAUACUGUUUGCUGGUGAAGCCACGCACGACGAAUUUUACUCGACAACACACGGAGCUUACGAGACAGGAAUUCUUCAAGCCGAAGUAUUUUUGCGACAUCACGCGAGUGCCAUGUAAAUAUAUGUAAAAUGUAAAUUGUUAACAUAAUAAAACGAUAAGAAUG